GGGAACGGGUUGCAGCGCCGUGACGUCACAUCCGCGAGAAAUAAGCUAAUGUCGCAGAAGCCCGUUCGAUAACGCUCCUCUGGCCGUGCUGUUUUUCGGAUAAAUGUCAAGAUGAUUCUGACCGUGAAGCCGCUUCAAGGGAAAGAAUGUAACGUCCAGGUUACAGAAAACGAGAAGGUGUCGACGGUAAAGGAGCUAGUGUUUGAACGUCUGAACAUACCACCGAAUCAGCAGCGGUUGCUCUACAAAGGAAAGGCCCUUGCAGACGAAUACCGACUGAGUGAUUAUUCCAUUGGGCCCGAGGCCAAGCUGAAUCUGGUAGUGCGACCAGCGGGAGAGCGGAACAGCGGUGCAGUUGUUCACAACAGCACCAGCAGUCACAGCAGUGGGAGCAGUGGUAGCGGGGUGUGGCAGUCGCUGUCCGGUGUUCUCGCCAAACACUUCACUCCUGCAGAUGCUGCCAAAGUCCAGGAGCAGAUCGUGAAGGAUUAUGAGCGCUCCCUUCGACAGCUUAGUUUAGAUGACAUCGAACGGCUGGCUAUACGUCUGCUGCACCCUGAGGCGGAGGGGAUGGAUACCUCAUACAUGGACUAGACAGGCUGGAUAAAACACCUCAACAGCUACGAGGCAGCAGUGGCGCUAACUUGGAUGGCUUGGAAAAAUUGAGCGUGAACACAUAAGAGCAGAAUGGUGAACCACCUCUGUGUAUUACAAAGUUAGCUUUUGUGGGUCACGGGUAUGACAGAGGCUCAGCUGAAGAUUCCUAACCAGUCUAUUGACAACUCUCUUCAUCCUUUAUUUUCGGGCAGUAUAAUGGUGAUUAUUAAGUACAGCACAGUUUUCAACCCAAGUCUAAUUUUUUGUCUUUCCGAGAGCCUGUUCCUCUAAGCCUCCUCACAGAACUAAAGUACUUUUGGCUUUGGUUGCUAAUGUUUCUCGAAACAAGGAUGGCCACCAGCAUGAUGUUUUUAGCAUGCUUCAAUUUCACAUAGUCAGCUAUCCAGGUAUCGGAAUGGAGGUCCAGGUACAAGCCUUUACCUCAGAAGUAUUAGGCACUGGAUCAAGUGUUCUGUGAACCUGCAACAAUCAGCCUGUAAUGAUGGCUGACGUAUGUAAGCAAUGUACAAGAAAAUGAACUUGAAUUAGGCUACAAUGUAAGACUGGGUUACUUUUUUUUUUUAAACUUGGCAUGCUAUUUAGUUUAAAAGACCAAGGAAUCAUGUAUGUAGAUUUGGCAGGUCUCCUUUUGUGUGUUUAUUUCCAGUUGAUUUUCGGAUGUUAUACAAAUCUAUUUAUGAUAGUCAUGGAGCUACAUUGAUCACUACUGACCACAGAACAUUUGUGACUGGCUGUAUGUGGGUCAUUGCUCUGCCUUUGUAAAUAUUGUGUUAUUAAAAGAGAAAUCCACUGGC